UCCUGCCCUCCCUCCCUCCCUCCCAACAUUGAAUAAACAGUUAUGUUUACUAAAAGAAAUGAGAAAAGCCCCCUUUCUUUUGUAUUUGCUGACUAGAUUCACAUAUAAAAAGAAAGUCUCAGAUUUUAGUUAGUGGAAAGAGAGAGAAUUCUAGUCAAGAAAAGAGAUUGUACUCUCCCAUUGAUUUGGUUCUUGAAUAAUGAGAGUUUUUUAUUAAAGAAAAAGAAAACGAAAGGAAAACCGUUUUGAAGAAUCUAGAUAAUUACGCUCAAAGUUGUUUCCUUUUUUUCUUGUAUCUAUCUUUGAAUUCUUGAGAUUAAGCUCGAUACUACUGCAAGGUUAUAUCUAUUGUAUCUUGGUAGAAUCCAACUGGUUGUUUUAGAUGGGGAUUUGCUGGGGUUCUUCUGCUCAUAGUCCUCCUACACCUUCUACCACCGGCCAUCUAAGUACAGCAGGCAUAUCCCAGACAACUAGCGAUACUGCUUCUUCUGGGGUAAGCAAUGCAACGUCGUCUAGGGGCAGCAAUAUCUCUGCACGCAGCCGGUUUUCGGCUGGGAGUGGUGAUGAGGAGUUUCCAAAUGGGCAGAUUUUGCCUACCCCCAACUUGCGGAUAUUUUCUUUUGCAGAACUAAAGCUUGCCACCAGGAAUUUUAAAUCUGAUACUUUGCUUGGCGAGGGAGGUUUUGGUCAAGUCUACAAAGGAUGGCUUGACGAGAAGGCGCCAGGGAGAAUUGGAAGUGGAACUAUAAUUGCUGUUAAAAGAUUGAAUUCCGAGAGCUUGCAAGGAUUUGAAGAAUGGCAGUCGGAGGUAAAUUUCUUAGGACGGCUUUCUCAUCCCCACCUUGUAAGGCUGAUAGGAUACUGCUGGGAGAUUAAGGAACUUCUCCUUGUUUAUGAAUUCAUGCAGAAGGGAAGCUUGGAGAACCAUUUAUUUGGAAGGGGUUCAGCUGUUCAGCCACUUCCAUGGGACACACGGCUCAAGAUUGCCAUAGGAGCAGCUAGAGGCCUUGCUUUCUUGCACACAUCAGAUAAGCAAGUGAUUUACAGAGAUUUUAAAGCCUCCAAUAUACUGCUUGAUGGGGCUUACACAGCAAAAUUAUCAGACUUUGGCUUGGCAAAAUUGGGGCCUUCAGCUAGUCAAUCACACGUGACAACACGGGUGAUGGGAACCUAUGGUUAUGCAGCUCCUGAAUAUGUUGCAACAGGGCAUUUAUAUGUAAAAAGUGAUGUAUACGGUUUUGGGGUUGUCCUGGUUGAGAUUCUGACUGGCUUACGGGCACUUGAUUUAAACCGUCCAAGUGAGAGACAUUCUCUGGUGGACUGGAUCAAGCCAUAUUUAUCUGAUAAAAGAAAAUUGAAGAGCAUUAUGGAUUCUCAUUUAGAGGGUAGAUAUCCUUCCAAAGCAGCACUGCAAAUAGCUCAGCUUGCUCUAAAUUGUCUUGAAUCUGAACCCAAGCACCGUCCACAUAUGAAACAAGUUGUGGAAACUUUAGAACGAAUUGAAGCAUCCAAGGAGAGACAAGGACAGACUAGAACUCGUCCUAAGCGUUCUAAGUCUCACCAAAACGGCCAGCAACCCUCGCAAUAUCACUCUCCUCUUCAUCCAAUUCCGGAUCGAAGUCGAGGCUACCAACACUCUCCGCGAGUAAGCUGCUGGAUUUAGUGGUCGCAAGCCUUGUACAAAGCUUGCUGACAGUAUUGUUCGGUGUGGCCGAAGCACACUGGAAAAGGCUAUUUCUUUGGUAAAUGCAAAUGAAAAGUGGAAGGCUAAAGUGAUAUGUGGUGAUGCUUACAGGUAUGUGAUAUCUUUGGCUUAAAAGCAUGUGAUACAAACUCAAAUGUCUUACGAAGUCCUCCUUUUGAUAUGGUAGAUUAACUUUUUUAAAGUUUGGCUUUGGAUGAUACUGUACAUGAAAAUUAGAGAAGUGGGCGUAGAGUGUUAGAUCAGAAAGAUCACUCAAGUUCAUCAAUGUGGAUGAAUCUGCCCGUAUCUAUUCUCUUUUUUCCUGCAUCAAGAAUUUUGUCUAAUGAGGCGGACUUCAGCUGGAAAGCGCGUCAAUCAGUUCGACGGCAGUCUUAUUCGUCACAUUUGGAGAAGGAACAACUGUCUAUGAAUGAUUCGCGACCUCUGUGCCAUCGCCACCAAAGUGGAAAAGGAAAAUUGAUUCUCCAGUUGUUGAGGCUGCAAUUGGCGAUUUCAUUGAUAAGUUAUUGAAGGAUUUUGUGGUAGACUUGUGGUGUUCAGAAAUUACGCCAGAUAGGGAAGUACCUGAGCUGAUACAUGCUAUCAAUUUUUAAAUUUGACGUCCUUCGUGUUGCUUCUCUAAAACACAACCAACCGCCUAUUUUCCAUUUUUCCAACCUAUCAAAUCUGUCACAACUUGUAAGCCAUAGUACUAGGGUGCUGUAAUUGAAGAUCCUGCAUCAAUUUGGCGGUCAUAGGAAAGAGGUAAUAUGAAAUAUAUCAUGAAAAAUGGAUCUUUUCUUAAAAAUCUCUCCUAACAAGCUGUGCUAUCGAUCACUGUUGCUGUUUGGACCGUCUGAUUGAAGAAAUUGUUAUCAGCUGCUAGCCCCCACCAAAAGAUUCAUCUUUCAUGAGUUGAUUAGUUUUCAAAGUAUAUGCUGCCAUGACCAUCCCGAUUGGUGUGUUAUCUGCAAACAUGUUGUGAUUGUUUUUUUUUUUUUUUUUUGAUGGGCUGACACUACAUGGUAAUGUAAUCAAGAGUGGCUUUUGGGCUGUUUCAUACGUUCAAAAUUCAAAUUUUGAGCGUGCAUGCGGAUGCUGGAAUGGAGUGUGCAAGAGAGCUGUUUGAUGAAAUGCAUGGGAAAGAUGUUAUCUCUUGGAGUGUGAUAAUUGGUGGUUAUUUGCAAUGAGAGGAACCUUUCAAGUUGGAUUGCAAAUGUUCAAGGAGAUUGAAUCAGAUGGUGUUGUUACGGUCAGUGUUCUUAAAGCCUGUGUUAGUUCAAGAGACAUUUGCGAGGGGAGGUUGGUGAUUCGCAGAGGUUUUGAUGGUGUUUUGUUUGUUGUGAACUCUCUUUGUUGACGUGUAAGGAUGCUGGCUCUGCAUUUCUCGAGUUUUCAAUGAGAUGUCUCGAAGGAACAAUGCCUGGUCGAAUUC